CCUGAAAAAAGACGACGCCGUUCGAUUCGAAGUCACCGACUGAACAAAGAAUCGAAAGCUUCAAAACGAAAAGGAGAACGAAACGUUAGGAUACGAGAAAAUAAUCGAUGUGCGUAAUUAACAUUAACAUCGGUUAUUCAGCUGAAUCGCGAACAAGAAUGUAAUAUGCGAAUAAUGUAAUGCGUAAUCGACAAAAAAAGUUAGCACGUCAGACCUCGCUAUCGAUAUCCAUUGUCACGUUGAUAUCGAUAGUCGCGCUAGCCGCGUCGCGCUACUCCUGAAGGAGAAGUAGCAAGUAGUCGAUGACAACGAUGACGCUGUGUCCGAUCGUGCGAUCGCAAAAUAUAACCUCUCUCUUCGCAUAAGAUGCUACUACUCUUAUCAGUGUAUCCGGAGGCAACGCUAUUUCGAGAAACUUGAUCUACGUCUGAUCGUGCUCCUCCUUCUUAUAAUCACAACGUUGCCCAACGUCGUCAGCACGACCACAAUUUGCCGCAUCAUGAAAGUGAUCGUGAAGAAGCUGCAGGGAAAAGAAUGCGUUGUUGACAUAUUGCCAACAGAAACAGUAUUGGAAUUAAAACACAAAGUAAGUGAUCUGUUAGGCAUUGAUGUUCCCCACCAAAGAUUGUUACUCACUGGUAAAACUUUGGCUGAUGAGAAUCCGUUAAGCUUCUACCCAGGAAUCAAAGAUGGCAGUAAAUUAAACUUAUUGGUGAUCAAGAAAACAGAAGAAGGUUCCAGUGAGACAAAAUCUUUCCAACAAAAGUCGGGCACUCAGUUACUCAGAGAUGAAGUAUCCCGAGUAUUGAGGCAUUACUACACGGUAUCCGAGACAGAAUCCAUAGUCAAUGAGCUGAUAAAGGACCUGAAAAACAAAGUGAAUAAUCUUAGUUACGAUGAUUUAGAGAGAUUAGCUACGGCGUUACUUCAGGACCAAGAGAACAUAGCUUAAGUACCAUCUUGGAUUAUCUAAUUCCGCUUUAUUGAUCGAUCAUUGUAAGAUGAGUUUAUUUAAUUGAGGCGUCGCUUUGUAUAUUACGCUCUGCCGCUCUUACAAUUGGCAGUGUGUUUAAAAUCACGCAAGUAUAAUGACCGAACGUUCAAGGAAUCGAACGUACACGUUGGAAAUUUCCGAUUAAAACGUAUCACUGUGUUCGUUUAUUAAAAUCAUUAUACACGUACACACAAUUAAGAUAUAAUUAUCGUGUCACGUGUCCACGUACGUGACUAGUCGAAUGUACAGUCGGGAUUUGUCAAGGAUCUGCUAGAUCCAAUUGACGGAAGUAUCUCGCUACCAGACAGAUGAAUAAAUUCAGCGCCCCCAGUUCCUGCGCGUCCAACUCCCUCUGAAAAAACAAAAGUACGCGAACGGCGUGAAUUCGACGCGAGAACUUUUGUAGAUACGAGACAGAUUAGCUUAGACAUAGAAGAAAAGUUCAGUCCUUUAUUUUCUCAGCCUUUUUGUAAUCCGAUGAGCGCGUUUUUAUUAUCAUCCGAACUUUUAUCUAACAAUGGAGACGAGAUUGCAACAACACCUGAGCAAAUAGGAAAUUAUGCAAUAAAAGCGUUUUGUUAAUAGAAA